AGUCUAGAGCUGAACAUGUACUUUCCACAAAGUACAGUGUUGGAAAAGUUUCUUUUCAUUAGUAUUCUUCUAGCGCUACCUACAGCGCGCAUUUGCUUGAUCGUCCAUUGUUCGAAUAAUUCCCCGAAACCAAAGCGACGACAAUGGAGGUUAGCAACCUGCCCGAACUCGUACCACUGUUAUCCAACUUUUGGCGUACGAUUCCCACUACCUUGCAGCUGAAGCUGGAAAGCUCGCUCACCCUGCUGAAGCAAGAUCAUAAGCUAAACAAGCUUUUCUUUUUAGGCCGUUUGGAGGCCCAUUCGUUCCAUUACCUGCUCGCAUUCGGUUCACCGGGUGUGGAUCUGUUUCAGCAGCGAAAGUUUUACUACAGCCGGAACGGCAUCGAUUGGCUGCUGUUACUCGAACCGACCGAUUGGUGUGAAGAUUGGGGCCGCAUUUGGGGUGAAUUUACCGGAAACACUGGUUUCGCUUUCAAAAUUCGUUCCCUGGCAGCGGGCAGCUCUAACGUGCUGGUGAGCGAACAGGAUCGACUGUGGUACGUGAUGCAUGCGAUUCUACGUGAAGCGGUCGGGGUACCGCGAGGUGCUCUAAGCAUGUCCAGCGAGAAGCACAUUGUGCUGAACCCAUUCUUCCAAGGAUUGUCCCGGGAGGAGUUAGUUAAGCUCGGUAAUUAUCAACACUUCCGACCGCCGGAACGAUCGGCUGAAGAGAAUUUGAGGCAUCGAACCGAGUUGAAUCUAUCGAUGGAUGUGUUUGACCCGCUGGUGGUGGACGUGCUGCCGGAGGAGAAAAGUUUCACGUUGCGCAUGGACGAUUCGGAUCAGCUGGCGAUGUGGAGUUCGCUGCAUUGGCUGGGGUUAGAUUUUUUCCACAAAGCCAACAGCAAUUUGUACGGUUUCUUUUACAACGGUGAUGGGCGUAAAAAUUGGGACCUUCCCUUUAUGGUUGAGUUGUGAAGGGUGAGCAGUUAGCAAACAAUUUUGGAUUGAGUUAAAAAUGAAAAA